AUGCUGAAAUCGCGCCGCCUGCUGUUCCUUCUCCUGGUCAUCUGUGUCCUGACAACGACAACGUACCUCCUACGCAGCAGAAGCGCUGAUUACGAUCUUCCUAGCCUUGCAAACCCGCUGCACGGUCAUCACGCACACGAAGAAAAUUCACCUCUCCUGCCGGCGAGAUCACUCGCCCACCCUGUUCACCAGCUCGUCGCCGAAGCCGAGGGCACAUUCCAGACUGUCCGUGCAAGACAAUCGCGCUCCCUUGCGGACGCGGUAGCAGAGUAUCGAAGGCGCUACAAGGUCCCUCCACCGCCGAAUUUUGACAAAUGGUAUAACUUUGCAAAAAGGAGGGGUGUUGAACUCAUCGACGAGUACGAUACCAUCUACGAUGCACUCCUCCCCUUCUGGGCUCUGGAGCCGGCUACGAUCCGGGAGCGGACGCGUGAAGCCGUCGGGUUUGACAAUGCGCUCAUCGCAGUCAUGAUCCGGGAUGGCACGGUGGUCAAGAUGGAGGGUGGAGGCGAUAUGUACGCCUGGCAUAGGGAGGCCACGCCGCUCAUGCUGGACAACUUCAUCAAAUAUUUGCCGGACAUGGAUCUCGCAUUCAAUAUUCACGACGAGCCGCGAGUGGUCUUGCAGGCUGAUUCCCUUGCGCGACAUGUGGUCGCAGGAAAAGACGCCAUGAACAAAGCCUACAAUGCCCCGAAACUGCGCAGUGACUUCUCCAAGAGACCCGAAGAUCUGGGUGACGGCAUGAGAAUCAAGGAAUUCAGAACCUCUCACUUCAAUCGGUUUGCCCACCAGCCCACCUGGACCAACUCACGUAUCUCUUGUCCCAUCGAUUCGGCCGCGCGUGCCUGCUUGAACAGCGACUGUCCGGACAAUACCACCAGCUACUCUGACCUACCACUAGGCUUCAUCCGCAACACCACCGCCUUCAGUGAUAUAUGCAACAGUCCAUCGCUUGAGCGAUCGUUUGGGUUCUUCGACCGCCCAAACGCCUUCGACGUCACACAUGACCUGAUUCCGAUCUUCUCCCAAUCCAAAGUGUCUUCCUUCCAAGACAUCCUCUACCCAUCACCGUGGUAUUAUAUGGACCGAGUCAAGUACGAGCCCGAAAAGGACAAACCCUGGGACGAGAAGUACGGCAACAUGUAUUGGCGUGGCUCUACCACAGGUGGCUUCUCACGCGACGGCGGCUGGAGAAGGCAGCACCGCCAGCAAUUUCUCAUGCAUAUCCAGCCCCAAGGCAAAUCAACGGCGCUUAAAUACGACAACAGCAGCGAUCCCGGUGUGUGGGUGGAAAGCGAAAUUGAUAUGGUGGAGGCGAGCAAGUUCUUCGAUGUCAAGUUUACAUACAUUGGGCAGUGCGACCCCGGUGACUGUGAUGCGCAGCGCGAGUACUUUGGCACUGUCGAGCCGGUGAACAUGUUCGACGCUUUUGACUCUCGCUAUCUGCUUGAUAUCGACGGCAACGCUUUUUCCGGACGCUACUACGCCUGGCUGCAGAGUAAUAGCCUAGUACACAAGCUUGCUUUAUUUCGCGAGUGGCAUGAUGAGUGGUUACGUGCUUGGGUGCAUUAUGUGCCGUUGGGAUUGACGGGCGGAGAGUACGUGGAGAGUGUUAGAUACUUUGAGGAAGAAAGCGGAGGUCAGACAGAGGGAAAGAGAAUCGCAAAGCAGGGCCAGGAAUGGGCGAAUAAAGUGCUGAGGAAAGACGACAUCGAGGUGUGGUAUUUCCGAUUAUUGCUUGAGUACGGCCGCUUGAUUGAUGACAGCCGCGAAGUAAUCGGCUUUAGCUUGUGA